AUGCGGUUCGUUUCUCGCAGUGGCUGCCUAAACACCGUUCCAUACAACAAACUGCGGCCGUCCUGUUGUGCCCGUCGCUCAUUUGUAAGGGUAGCCAACCCAGCGGAGGAACGUGGAACAACUCAGCGGUACCAAACACUUGGAGAGUACCUUCAGCGACUUCCACGGGGCCUGCGGGAUGUGCUGCUGUGGUCGCCUGCGAUCGCCGCUGCCUACUUCAUGUUUUACAAACAACCGACAUAUUACCUUCCCUCUGCUAGACGCCGGUUGCUGAGCCGCCCUGUCGCCUCAACACCGAAGUCUAAAGCCGAGAAAAGUCGGUCUGGGGGAGUGGUUUCUAUACGGUUGGAUGAUCCCUCCGGUGCUGUGGUGAAAGGCGUUGUGUUGGCAGUGUUGGAUGCAGAUGGCACAACGCUUGAGAGCUGCGUCAAUUCUGCUUCCUCCCCGUCCCCACCAGUGCCACCCUUUAUUGUGGGUAUUACAGAUUGUCUUAUGAGAUUGCAGAUGGUGAGAGAACCGGAAACCGGCAAGGUGAAGGGUUAUACACUUGUGUAG